AUGCGGUUGUUGUGGGGACCAUAUACUGCUGAUGCUGAUGCUGUGACGGUUUUUAUACCGAUGGCGGGAGUAACACCAGUUGGUGGACGGUGGAUGGAUGGCAUGGAUCUGGAUGGAUGGCAUCAUGAUGCACAUGGGCACAAAGAGAGAAGUGCAGCAUCUAUCAUGAUCCCACGGAUGGUGCACUGGCCGUGGCUAGCUCUACCUGCAGCUAUAUGGUAUGGACACUUGGAGCUGCGCACUAUACAUGUGGGGCCCACACCAUCAUGUGCGUCGCACCCACCCGGUGCGGUGAGGGUUCAAUCUUGGGACCCAUCGAGGUCGGGCUUUCAUCUGUACCGUCACCAGCGGCGCGCCCCCCCACGCGCACUGGUCCCGCCGGCGAGGCCGCAAAGUCGUCGUCGUCUCCGGCGCCGGUCCCAUAUCUCGCUCACCGAGUCUCUUCUCCGACGCCUCGCAGUCGUAUUCGCCUCCGACUCCGAUGGCCUCACUCUGGGGAGGACCGAGGGAGCCCUGGGAUUUUCCCGGAGCGGCUCCUCCUCUACCCUCGGGUUCGGGCGUCUCUUCCCCGGAGUCACCUCGUCUCGGCCGUCGUGGAUCUCCGCCUCGGCCGUCACCUCUGCGGCAUCUCCUUGGCUGCCAUCGCACCGCUUCCACCUGACCCUCCGCAAUGAAACUUCUGCUCUAAGAUCAAUAGAAGAUGAUGAGAUGAUCAAUUGCAUAAUCAGUGGUCUGCGCUUCUGCCUAUUACACUAUUCCAAAGGUGCACAUCCCCGGGUUCUGCGCUUCUGCAUGUUAAGAGAUAAGGAUGUUGAAUAUAUGUAAAUCUAUGUGUUCAUGAUAAUCACUAUGUUUUAGUUUUUACCAUGUAUAAUAAGUACGAUGUCUAUAGACUCUGGUAGUUCAGCUUGUUGUUUGCCUGAGAAAGUGAGUGUUAUAGUUACAAUCAUUGCGGUGGUGGGAAUCGGCCCUGUUGUAUUUAUGCCGUAGGUUUUUGCAAAUCUUUGUUGUAAUGCACUCUUUGUUUUCAUAUUUAUAUGGAUUGAAUGUGAAUUUUUGGUGAAACAAAUAUAGUGGCAGUGAAUUGGAUCUAA